AUGAAAAAAGUGGAGCCAGUCGAGAGUACGUUUAAAGAUCAGUGUUAUAAUGUUGAAUAUCUGGAAACACCCGUCAAAUCGGAGAAUGACAAAAAAGAAUAUAGAGCCAUCAGGUUAACAAACGGUUUAGAAAUUUUGUUAAUAUCCAAUGCACAUGCAGAAACAUGCACUUCUCAUGGUCAAGAUAAGAACGUCGGAAAAAAGGCAACAUGUGGCUUAUCUGUAGGAGUAGGAACUUUCAGCGAUCCACCAGAAAUUCCAUGCAUAGCAAUUUUCUUCGAUUAUAUGCUUUUCAGAGGAAUCGAUAAACAUUCACAAAAAUGUAAUUUUCAAACAUUUAUCAGAAAGUAUGGUGGUUAUAAUAAUACCGCAAUGGAUUACGAACAUACAACAUUUCACUUUGAUAUACAAGAAGAAGUCUUGUUUCAUGCUCUCCGCCGUUUAGCUAAAUUUUGCCUUAAACCAUUGUGGAACAUAGAUACGUUUAUGCACGAAUCAACGGCCAUAAAAAAAGAGUUUCAGAGGGCUUUACAUUUUAUGAAACAUCGACUGGAGCCACUGCUUUCUUCCUUUGCGGAAACUGGUCAUCCAGCUAACAAGUUUACUAUGGACUAUUUAAUAAAAUUGCAGAACAACAAAGAUGUAAACAUAAAGGAAUUGUAUGAAGUGUUGCAGAAAUUCACAAUGCGCCAUUAUAGUGCUCACAGAAUGAAGCUGGUUAUACGGUCAGAAAUACCGCUGGAUAAAUUGGAAAAUUUUAUCUUAAUUUCGACGUACUUUAAAGAUGUAUCAUCUAACUGGCUACCUUCCGAUGAUUUCUUUGAAUUUAAAAACGGUCUUCCUUUUGCUACUUCCGCUUUCCGAAAAAUGUAUAAAGUUAAGGAUCCUUCGAAAGAUGACAGAGAAGUAUGUGGCUACAAUUUGAACAGAUUGAAAAACGCUAUAUUUGUACUAACAAUAAGACAACAACAACUGGAAAAAGUUCUAGAUGCGAUAUUUUCUUUCAUCAAUUUACUAAAAACAGAAGAGCCACAGAAAAGAUUGUACGAUGAAUUUUAUAAGAGCGAACAAAUGUCUUUUAGAUAUGUUGAUGAAGAUGAUCUACUAGAUUAUGUGAAAACAUUGUGUAUGAAUAUGCAUUUAUAUCCAUCGCGCCAUUAUUUAACCGGGAACAAACUGUAUUUCGAAUAUAACUCAGAGCAUAUACGAAAAUGUUUAAGUGAUUUGGUACCAGAGACUGCGAAUAUUAUGAUUUUUGACAAGGAUUUUGAGAAUUUCGAAUUAAAUAAAGUCGAACGAUGGUCGAAAACGAGGUACACAGACAUCGACAUACCAAAGAAAUGGAUUGAACGCUGGAAAUUCAUCAAGCCAUUGCCAGAAUUUCAUUUACCACAUCCAAAUUUAUUCCUUCCUAAGGACUUCACUUCAAUAGUAAUUCCAGCGGAAGUUCCAAAAUAUCCUAAACAAUUACACAAUAAUCAUCAAAUGGAGGUUUAUUAUCGCCCGGAUAACAAGUUACCGAAAUGUCACAUAAACUUACAUUUGGUUUCUCCUUUGGUACUUCAAUCACCGAAGCAUGCAGUUCUUAUGGAUAUAUACUGUAAAAUAUUGACAUUUCUGUUAACGGACCAAUUAUAUCCAGCUACAACAGCUGGGAUUGAUUAUAAGAUCAUUGCCACUGAGAAAGGUUUUGCAAUAAAAAUAUAUGGAUUUAGCGAAAAAAUACCACUCUUGCUGAACAUUAUUGCACAAUACAUCAAAGUCUAUCCAACAAUUACGAAGAAAUUAUUUGAAACUUUCAAAAAGCACCAAAUAGGAACCUAUUACAACAUAUUAAAUAAAUCUUGGAAUCUUGUCGAGGACAUGAGAUUAUGGAUACUGAAGUUCGUCCAUCAUACAUACCUUGAUAAGUACGCUGUGCUAUAUACUACCUAUUUUAAAGAUCUUCAAUUCUUUAUACAUUACUUUACUGAGCAUCUGUACGUUCAGUGCCUCGUACAAGGUAACAUGACGGAGGAUACUGUGUCCAGCACUAUACGGAAAUUUCUUAAAAUGAUUAAUUAUAAGCCAUUGCACCUUAGUUCGUUGCCCGAUAUAAGAAUUAAUCAGAUAAAUCUAGGCACAACUUGUUGGAUGUUAAAAAGUUUCAAAAGAUUUGAAGAAUUUCCACCAUCUUCCAUAGUGAGAUGUUAUUAUCAAGUUGGUGCCACGUCGAUUAAAUUGUCGUUGGUAAUCGAACUGAUGGCGAUAGUAAUGGAAUUACCGUUAUUCGAAAAGUUAAUGCAAGAAUUUGAAGAACAAUUAGAAACUGCUGGGUGCUUCCUUAAAAAUGACAACGGAAUUUUAGGACUUUACAUUGCUGUUAGUAUUGCCACAACUGAAUGCCUUUCAACCAUACAGGCAGAACAACACAUUGACGAAUUUUUCAAAUCGUUUAAUAAGAUAUUGGAAGGGACCUCAGAAGAAGAAUUGGAUCGUAUCAAGGAGAAAAGAAAACUAAGAACAUCAUCUGUCGAUAACAAUCUUGAACGAGAAGUUGAAAGAAAUUGGAAUGAGAUCAUAGAGCGUAAAUACAUGUUUGACAGACGCGAGCAAGAAGAGCUUGCACUAAAGGAGAUAAAAAUCAACGAUUUGAAAGAAUUUUUUGCAAAGUAUAUAUCAAAUAAAAGUAAUAUCAGAAAAUUGAGCAUACAUGUGACAGAAAAAGAUUCAAAGGAUUUUUAUGUUGAGAAAGAAGCUUGUAGCGCAAAGGAUCAUGAUAGAAAACAGCUCCGUAUUGAGAAAGAUAUAAUCUAUAAUCAAUCAAGUCUACAGGUACGAGAUUACAAAAAAAAACUCUACAUUUAUCCUGCAAGUCCAGAAUACCUUUAG